AUGGGAGCCAAGUUCAACGAGCAUUUUACGCGUGUCGACACAUUAGAGCUCAGAGAUGUUAUCUACAACAGAAUCGGACAUCAAAGAGCCGACAAGUACUUCAAUAACCUAAACAGAUUCUUGAAUUUGAAACUAAGCAAGUGCGAUUUCGACAAAUGCUGCAUCGAAACGAUCGGUCGGGAAAACAUCUCUCUCCACAAUCGACUUAUCCGAUCCAUUGUUCAAAAUGCUUCUCAUGCCAAAACCCCACCUCAAAACCCUCGAAAAAUCGGAGUUAAGUUCCCAAACAGUUACAAGAAGAACUGCAUGCAAUCUCCUCUGAGUAGGAAACUACGAGAUCGCCCCAGCCCACUUGGCCCGUUUGGAAAAAGCCCUAGUACAUUAACGGUUGAAGAAACGUUUUCAAGAAUCGAUGAAGAAGGCGAAGAAGAGGUUAAUGGAGUCUCGAAUGUGAUUAGAUGGAGUUCUAUUGAAGCCCCUUUCGGGGUUCUUAACAAGCCUCGUAAAUCUGUUUCUUUUUACGGGAGUUGUAGACAUAGGGGUGAAUUGCCCGAAACGGAAACAUUGAGGGGCGUUUUGGAGAAGAACUUGGAAUCGGAAGGCAUUGGGAUUUCCUCGGAGGGUGCCGAUUGUUUGAACCGUGGUUUGGAUUCGUAUAUGAAGAGGAUAAUCGAGCGUUGUAUUGGUAUUGCCGGAUCAAGAAAUGCCAGUGUUGGGAGGCAAUCUAAUUUAUUACAGUUUGUUAAUAAUUACGCGAGUAUGGUGGAUUUUCGUGUUGCCGUGGAGUCGAAACCUUCUAUACUUGGAGAAGACCGGUCGGUUCAACUCGAAAAGAUCUGCAAUUUAUGA